UAAAGCCAGCACAUUACAGCCUUCUGCGGCCAUUGUUUCACAUCCGACAAAGCCUACUUCGUGUUUGACUGCAAGAUUGGAUCUCCUAGCGCAUCGUUAACGUAUUUUUUCCCGUGCGGGAUCGUUGGAUUUGCGGCGAUUGUGUUCAUCAGCCACAAUGAGAAUCCCGUUGGCUCUGCGCUGCAGCUUUGUUCUCAUUUUUCUUUUCCACCGCCCAGUCCACGGAGACGUGAGCUACUCUGUAGCGGAGGAAAUGAAACGAGGAUCGAUAAUCGGGAAUAUUGCAAAGGAUCUGCGUUUGGAAUUGAGCAGUCUCGCCGCGCGCAAGGCGCGCGUUGACACCGAGGAUAACAAUUUAAGAUACUGCGGGGUGAAUCUUCAAACGGGAGAUCUGAUCUUACAAGAACGGAUCGACAGAGAGGAGCUUUGUGAGAAAAGGCCUUCGUGUGUUGUCAAACAGGAGCUUGUGCUGGAAAAUCCCUUGGAGCUGCACCGCAUUACUAUUCAUAUUCAGGACAUCAACGACAACUCGCCACAAUUUAAGGAGGAUUUGUUGAAACUAGAAAUCCAAGAAUCUGCCGAUAAGGGGGCAAUUUUUCUGCUGGAUGAAGCGCACGACGCAGAUGUCGGAGAUAAUUCUGUUCAAGGUUACUCACUGCAAAAUAAUAAUUACUUCAAAUUAAAUGUAAAAACUAAAGGUGUGGGGCGGAAAUAUGGAGAACUGGUGUUAGAAAAAGAGUUAGACCGAGAGGAGAAAAAAGACAUCUCUCUGUUGCUCACUGCGUUUGAUGGAGGAUCUCCUCAGAGAUCAGGUACUGUAGUCAUACACGUCACUGUGCUGGACGCGAAUGAUAACGUACCUGUGUUCAGCCAGAGUGUGUAUAAAGCUACUCUGGCUGAAAACUCCCCUGCAGGUACUGUUGUUCUCACUGUGACUGCAGUUGAUGCAGAUGAAGGAAUAAAUGGAGAAGUUAGCUAUGGAUUUGACCACGUUUCAAAUGAAAACCACAUUUUUUCUUUGAAUCCAAAAACGGGAGAAAUACAUGUGGAUGGACUUAUUGAUUAUGAAAAGAAAUCUUCUUUUGAAAUGCAGAUCAGUGCGAAAGACGGUUUAGGACUGGCAUCUUAUGCAACUUUACUAAUAGAUAUUACUGAUAUGAAUGACAAUCCUCCAGUUAUUAUUGUUAAAUCUCUGUCCAGCUCCAUCCCAGAGAACGCCCCUCCUGGUACAGAGGUGGGCAUCAUUAACGUGCAGGACAGAGACUCUGACAAGAACGGACAGGUCCGCUGCUCCAUUCAAGGCAACGCUCCUUUUAAGUUGGUUCCUUCCAUCAAAAACUAUUAUUCAGUGGUGAGCACAGGACAGCUGGACCGUGAAUUAGUGUCUGAUUACAACAUUAGCAUCUUUGCCACUGACGAGGGCUCUCCACCUCUGUCCUCGUCUAAAAGUGUUCACUUAUCUGUAGCUGACAUCAACGACAACCCACCUGUGUUUGAGGAACAGUCGUACAGCGCAUAUGUGAGCGAAAACAACCAAGCUGGCUCCACUUUAUGUCGGGUGAGCGCUCGAGACCCCGACUGGAGACAAAACGGUACAGUGAUUUAUUCUCUGUUAGCUGCUGAGGUGAACGGAGCCCCGGUGUCCUCCUAUGUGUCUGUGAACGGAGACACGGGGCUGAUCCACGCUGUCAGGUCGUUUGAUUAUGAACAGUUGAGGAGUUUUCAAGUGCAGGUGAUGGCCAGAGACAACGGUUCUCCUCCGCUCAGCAGCAACGUGAGCGUGAGUGUGGUGAUCUGGGAUGUGAACGACAACUCUCCUCAGAUUCUGUACCCCGCCCCGGAGGGCAGCUCCUUCAUGACUGAGCUGGUCCCCAAAGCUGCACACGGAGGCUCUCUGGUGUCCAAAGUGAUCGCGGUGGACGCCGACUCUGGACAGAACGCCUGGCUGUCCUAUCAUAUAGUCAAAUCCACUGAUCCGGGACUUUUCACCAUCGGUCUGCACAGUGGAGAGAUCAGGACGCAGCGGGACAUUUCCCAAUCUGACAGCAUGAAACAGAACCUGAUUGUGGCAGUCAAAGAUAACGGACAGCCCUCUCUGUCUGCCACCUGUGCCAUGUAUUUACUCAUCUCCGAUAACUUGGCUGAGGUGCCAGAACUCAAGGAGAUUUCUUACGAGGAGAAGAACUCCAAACUGACUUCCUAUCUGAUCAUCGCUCUGGUUUGUGUGUCCACCUUCUUCCUGACCUUCAUCAUCAUCAUCUUGGGUGUGAGGUUUUGUCGCAGGAGAAAGCCCCGACUCUUGUUUGAUGGAGCAGUUGCCAUCCCCAGCGGUUAUCUGCCUCCUAAUUACGCAGAUGUUGACGGCACAGGAACUUUACGCAGCGCUUACAAUUAUGACGCCUACCUGACAACAGGAUCUCGAACCAGUGACUUUAAGUUUGUGUCUUCUUACAAUGACAACACGCUGCCUGCUGACCAGACUCUCAGGAAGAGUCCUACUGACUUUCUGGAGGCUUUUGAUGACUCGAUUGAUGCAUCCCAGGUAGGAACACCUUAAAUGUUUCUCCUUGGGUAGGACUAAUUUUAGUAAUACAACAAUAGAUGAAAGGUAAUAUAUGGUUCUAAAUAUCACUGUUUCUUUCUUUCACUGAUUGCAUUACUUUUAUUAUUUGUUUGCAUUUACUGCGCUCUUAUUCUCUUCCCUGAAUCAGUGCUGAAAAUUUGUCAUGCCUUUCUCUGUCCCUGGUGCUGAUUUUUUUCUUUCUUUUUUUUCCUGGCUAGUGGUCUGCAGAAGUCUUUAAAUAAUUUAGCACUAUCCCAUAUUAUUUUCAUACCCCUAUUCCUAUGCUUACAUGUUUAUGUUUUAUUUGAUCAUUAGUGUUCAGACGGUCGACCUUUGAUCCCAGGAAAGUUGGUUUGAAUUCCACCUUUCCCACUCAUGUGUUGAAUUGUGGUUGGAUAAGAUACUGAACCCCACAAUACCUCUUGUGGUUAUAUGUUGGCAUCAGUGUUUGGCAGCAGAAGUGCCAUCAGUUUGUGAACGUUUGUGUGAAUGGUUGAAUGUAACUGUAAAGGAACUUUAGGCGUUCGAGGAAGGAAGAAGACUGCUAUACAAGUAUAUGCCAUUUAACAUUGGUUUAUGUUUGAAAGCUUUGAUCACUUUAAAGAUUGUUUGCAAGAUAUCGCAGUCUUCUUUUUCUCCCAAUCGUAGCAAAAACGUUUUUGUUAAAGUUACACCAAAUAUAGUCUAUAAUGUCUGGAGGGUGCUUUGGAUGCUUAGUUGUGGUUUUUAAAUUGCAAGAACAUUUUUUAGUUUUCUUCUAAAUUGUUCUUUUUACUAUUACAAUGG